GGACGAUUGCCCUGUGUCAACUGCUGUUCGACUUCGAACACCCACCCAAUUACGAUAAACGAGUAUCCUGGAGUCGAACGUAAACUGCUGGACUUUCCCCAAAACAUGACACAGCAAUAUUAUUCUAUCUCAAGUCUGCCCUUCCUGAUGACUUGUUCGCAUCUGGUGUCGUUCUCUUCGCAUUGCUCGUUCCCAAAGCCUGCGCUUACUGCACAGCCGCAACGCCAUAUUUUAGCCUUGGCUUGACCCACUUCCUCCCAGUGAGCCCCAAUCCUUAUUCCUACGUCACAGUAAAUCCAAUCGUAGUGCUCAAUCAAGGGCCGGUGGGCUGACAUCGCAUCUGCAACCCAAACAGGAUAUUGCAGAGAUGCCCCGCAGUCUGCCUCGAACACUAUUUACAAGACUACUUAUUGAUGCCGAUGGAUUGACGUUAGGUUGAACAACUACGAAGGCAUCUACCAGAACAAAAUGAAGAUUAACAAAAGGGUGUUGCUCCAAGUCUUGGCAACUUUGGUCACGACAUCAGCAACCAGGCUGCGAUGCAAAUGUACACCUGAGGACGCCUGUUGGCCGACCUCCUCGGACUGGGCUCACUUGAACACCACCCUCUCCGGCGCCCUCAUCCUUCCCACACCACCAGCCUCCGUCUGCUUCGCCUCUCAACCCAACUACGAUGAAGAAGCCUGCGCUCUCAUCCGCUCAAAAUGGUUCGACUCGACCUUCCACGCCUCAGACCCGAUCAGCAUUGACUACCCAAUCUGGACAAACAACUCGUGCAACCCCAUCUUUCCCAACGGCACGUCACUGACCGGAGACCCGAACGCAGGAAAAAGAGGUUGUAAUGCAGACACGUAUCCAGCGUACGUAGUCAAUGCCAUUCACGCUUCGCAGAUCGCUACAUCUCUGAAGUGGGCGGGUGAGAAGAAUGUGAGAGUUGUGGUGAAAGCAACAGGGCAUUCGUACACCGGGCGCAGCACCGGUCCCGGCAGCUUGUCAAUCUGGACACAUAAUAUUCGGGGUAUCGAGUACAUCGAAGAGUUCUUAGCGACCUCCUGCCCAGUCUCUGCACCAAUUGCUGCUGUUCGUGUAGCGGCUGGCCAUACCAACGGCGAACUCCAGGAGUUCUUGAGUAAAUAUGGAAGGGUCAUCGUCAGCGGCGCAAAUCCCAGCGUAGGCAUUAUCGGCUGGCUCACCGGUGGCGGUCACGGAUUUCUAUCCAGUACGUACGGGAUGGGCAGCGACAAUCUUCUCGAAGCCACCGUUGUCCUUCCAUCAGGCGCCAUUGUCGUUGCCAACCCUUGCCAAAACUCUGACAUAUUCUUUGCUAUCAGAGGAGGCGGUGGCGGAACUUUUGGAGUCGUGACUGAAGUGGUGCUGAAAACACACCCCAGUCCUCAAACCACCAUGCACAUCUUCACACUCGCCUCGCUCCCCAAUACCAUGGACGUGCAGUUCUGGGAUGCAACGGGGUAUCUGCACGCCCAUAUGCAGCGCCUAAAAGAGGGUGGCAUGCAAGGUUACUACUAUAUCGUCGGCCCACCAACGUCCCCCUCUCUCUCCCUGAUAUGGAUGUUCAUGCUAUUCGACAAACCAGACGGCACUGUCGAGUCGCUCAUGGCGCCUGCCGAGAAAUAUCUGAUGGAGCGCGCAAAUCUGUUUACGUACACAUCCAACAUCACGCAUACCGCAAGUUACUUCGACAUCGCGCAGCAUGUUCAAAAUGAGGCUGUCGCGAAUGGCGGGAGCACAUAUGGUUCGCGUCUCCUCAGCCCUGGGAGCCUGGCUGAUGCAGUCGUCAAUGCAGAGGGCCCGGUAUCGAACCCAACGCUCAUAGGCCACAUGAUCGCCGCCCCUGCCAUACCGUCUUACUACCCUUCCCUAUCCUCUUUGAAUCCAGCAUGGCGCAACACACUCGUGCAUCUCGUAGUCGUCGAGGUGUGGCAAGACGGUUCGCCGCAAGCAACAAUUGACGCCGUACGCGGAGACAUUACAAUCAAGACACAGAAGCUCAGAGCGCUGUCGCCGGAUACAGGCGCCUAUUUCAAUGAGGCGGAUAGUAAUGAGCUCGACUGGCAGAAGAGUUUCUUCGGAAAGAACUACGACCGAUUGAAGAAGAUCAAGCGUGAUAUUGAUCCAGAGAACAUAUUGUGGUGUCGAAAGUGUGUGGGUAGUGAGGCAUUUGUUGAGCGCAAUGGUGGGAGACUGUGUUCAGUCCGUUCAGAGGACGGUGAUAACUCAGAUGGAAUGGAAGAGGUGGAGGGAAAAAAGUCCGAGCUACGGCCUUGA